UUUAUAAUUUUUUUCUUCUCUUUCCUUUCUUUUUCCGGAGGAAUUUCAAUCUGUCUCUCAAUCUCAGAGAAAUAAUCAAAAUGGAAAGAAGGGCAGAAGGAGAAGGAGAUGGAGGUGAUUGGGGUAAGAAGUCAUGGAGGUUCUUAUCGGAAGUGAGAGAACGAUCACCGCUCAUCCAAUGCAUUACCAACUUCGUCUCCAUGGACCUGAUGGCCAAUACUCUGCUGGCAGCAGGUGCGUCGCCUGCAAUGCUUCACUGCUUGGAAGAGAUCCCUGACUUCACCCCUCACGCUCACGGCCUCUGCGUCAACGUGGGUACUCUCUCUCCUGACUGGCUUCCUUCCAUGAAGACCGCCGCUGCUUUGGUAACCCAGUUGGGAAAGCCAUGGGUUCUCGACCCGGUUGCCGUCUCAGCCUCCGAUUACCGGCUUAAGGCCUGUCUCGAACUUGUUGAGCUUAAACCCACUGUUAUUAGAGGGAACGCCUCAGAAAUUCUUGCUCUUUCCAGCACUUCCAUGGGACCCGAUAAGGGUGUGGACAGCUCCCAUGGAUCACUGGAUGCAGUGGAAGCAGCAAAAUUUUUGGCUCAAUUGAGUGGUGCCAUAGUUGCAGUAUCUGGAGCUGUUGACAUUAUCACAGAUGGGCAGCAUGUGGUGGGUGUGCAAAAUGGGGUGGCCAUGUUGCAACGGAUUACAGCCACAGGUUGUGCUGUUACAGCUCUCAUUGCUGCCUUUGUUGCAGUUGACCCCAUACAUGCUUUUGAAGCGACGGCUUCUGCACUCUCUGUUUUUGGUCUAUCCGGUGAGGUUGGGAUGGACAUGGCUAGAGGUCCAGCUUCACUGCGGAUCCACUUAAUUGAUUCAUUGCAUGGGCUUGAUCAAGCUACUGUAUUGUCUGGGGUCAACAUCACAAACAUGUCAUAGGGGAGGUGGUGUAAGGUAUUUUAGUUUCCAUGGACCCCUUUCAGAAGUUUGUAUGGAUCCUCUGCUUGAGGCAAUAAAAUGAAUAGUUUUAUCCAGAAGGCAUGCCAACCAAUAUGUCCUUCUCAGCAAUUUCUUCAGUUCAAUGUUAAAUUGACUACCUGAUUGUUAUAUUAAACAAAAAAUAUAGUGGGGUCCUUCCCAAUAUAUUCUCAGCAGCUACUUGUCAAACUGUUGCAAACUUGCAAUUAUUAUUCUAUGUUGUUUUGGGUUUGUUUUCCUGA